AUGGAUGGAAGAAUGGGCAAUCUCAGCAUGAAUAUCAAGUUAAAGGAGGAUGCCAAGGAAUGUGGGUUUGAUGUGAUGACUGAAGUGCAAAGGGCGUGUAUUCCGGAGAUGCUGAAGGGCAAGGAUGUGAUAGUGCAGGCACCAACAGGAACGGGAAAGACGAUGGCGUUUCUUACGCCUAUACUUGAUUAUGUGUAUGCGGAUUUCACUGGGAAUGCAGAAGUCACGGCAGUUGUGAUUGCGCCUACACGAGAGCUGUCUCUGCAGAUCAAGGCUGUUGCAGACAUGUUCAAGUGCAGCUGUGAGUGCUUCAUUGGUGGGAUUAGCAUAGAAGAUGACUAUGCAAAGAUGCAGAAAUGCAUUCGUAUUGCAGUGGGGACGCCGGGAAGGCUUUUUGAGAUCAUAAGCAAGUAUCCAAAGCAGUUUGCCAGAGUGAGAUACAUCAUUUUGGACGAGGCAGAUAAGCUUCUUGGAUAUGGGUUUGAGGAGAAGCUGAUGCAGAUAAUGAAAAUGCUUCCACGGAGUAGAAUAGCAGGACUAUUUUCUGCAACGAUAAAUGAGUCUGUGGAUAAGCUUUCGCUUGUUCUGUUGAGAAAUCCAGUGAGGAUCAAAGUUGGGAGUGGAAUGAUGCCUGUGUGUCUUGAAUAUGUUGUAAUAAGGCCUGCAGACAAGAUACUGGCACUGAUGGAGAUUGCUACGAAGCGGCGAUGCAUUGUUUUUUUUGCAACAUGCAGCCAGGUGGACUUUUUUUCGAGUUUGUUUGUGGAGUUUGGAGUAGCGCAUGUAAGCAAGAUCCAUGGAAGAAUGGCGCAGGAGGAAAGGAGUAAGGUUUACGAGCAGUUUGUUGCAGGAGAGGGGAUGCUUUUUUGCACCGAUGUUGCUGCAAGAGGAAUUGACUUCAAAGAGGUGGAGCUGGUGGUGCACUUCGACGUCCCAAAGGACUACAACAACAUAGUCCACCGUAGUGGCCGGACUGCAAGAAACGGAAGCAAAGGAGAGUCCGUUGUGUUUGUCAUGCCCAACGAAAAAGCAUAUGUUGAAUUUCUGAAGCUGAAGGGCAUUUGUGUGGCAGAAUGCAGUAGAGCGAUUGAUCCGUCCGUGACGCAUGAAGACAUAAAGGCGAGGAUCACACCCGAGUUGCUGGAUGCUGGUGUGAAAGCGUUUGUAUCUUACAUCCGAUCGUACAAAGAACAUGUUGUUUCAUAUAUUCUUGACUACAAAGGAUUAGAUUACAACUCCCUUGUGGAUCUUUUUUUCCUCGAGAAGGUUCCUGGAAUGGCUGAGCUCAAGCAUGUGAAAUUUGAAAGGUUUGAAAAGCCGGAUAGGAAAGCACUCAAAGACAGCAAGGAAGUAAAGAAAGUAAAGAAAGCCAAACUGAACAAGAAGCACAGCAGAAAACAAAAUAAAUAA